UCCCUGGCAGCAAUAAAUACGUUAUUAGAAAGCCCUGUAAUUUAAUUAUAAAAUUAGCCACCGCAUUUCGGCAAACACAUCGGAUGUAUUGACAAAUUCCGUGAGUAUUCCAACUAUACGAGGGCCCAAUUCCCCACGGUGGGAUUCCAUGCCGAUCUUCUAUUUCAGUGUACAGCUGUAUAUAGCGACUGGCGAAUACUGCCCCCUCUGUGUGUUACGCCACAGGACCUAGCUAGGAUACCAGCACAUCAUAGAGUCAGCUAAUAUUGUAAUAGAUGAUGAAUCGUUCACCCCGGGCGUGCCUGCUGCUAUUGUCUAGCUGCUCUCAAGCGAUUUCGCUCUUCAAUCCGCCCGUUUGAUUUCUUUACUAGGGCUGUUUAACCAUCACUUUAUUUCGAGUUAUAUGGACCUCCAUCGGUAUUUGCAGUGUUUUCUCCCUGCAAGCCACAAGACUGACUGUUCGGUCGAUGUUUUUUGUUUUGCAAUGAUUCCUUCGAAGUGAAAUGAUUUGAAUGUACAAAUUGGAUAUACCUUUGAUAUGAAUUAAUAACAAAUCGGUCUGACCUCGCUCUAUAUGAUGGCGCUACUCAGUAGCACUACGGCGGGGGACUACCUCUGUAUAGGGGACUCUAUAGCCCUGUACUCGGUGGAGACAGAGGGCUAUGUCUACAGUCUGCAGUCCAGCUCUGUUCACAAUGGACUGAAUAUCUACAUCAAUCAAGAACGAGAAAAGCCAACAAAGAUUCCUAAUUCUCAAGCUGUAGUUUUUGAAAUAUGCAUUCAAAACCGAUACAAGCUGACCAAGAAGCUACGGAAGUUGAUGGCCGCCCAAAAUGCGGAAAUGACGUCAUCUACAAUGGAUCUUACAGCAUGUGUCAAAGAGCAAGACAAAAUACUUAUGGCUCAAGCCAAGCAUGCAGCUGAAGCGGAAAAUGCAGAUAACGCAGCAGAACAGAAGCGUCAAAUGAAUAAACGAGUUCGUUACGGAGAAAUCGUACAGCUCAAGCAUGUUUUCACCAACAAAUAUGUACACAUGUGUACCUCUCAGACAAGCCAACAGGAUAAGAACAAUAUGAUGGUGAUGCUAAAUGAAUUCAACGCCAAGAACGCACAAUUCAGAAUUCUGCCUCAGUAUAAAGUGAAAUCAGAGGGGGAAGUGGUUCAAAUAUAUGAUCAAAUUGUGUUUGAGAGCAUCAAAUCUCCAGGACACUUCUUUCACGCCAGCUCUCCUUUCCAAAUUGACCACUGUACCUUUGGCUCGGAAGUUAACCUCGGAGUAGAAAGGUCGGGAUUCACGUUAGUCCGCUACCACAAAGGAAUUUCCGAACACGAUCAAUAUGUCCGGGGAGGCAGUGUUGUAAGAUUGUUCCACAAAGAACUGGAGGCAUAUAUGGUCGCCGAGGGACUAUUUGAUGAUGAAGUCACAGAGGAUGUGCACUUUAGGAUUCGUGUAAUGGACCAGCACAAGCCCAGGACUCUGUCGCCCCCGACAUCGGGAAACACAUUUUGGCAGAUUGAAGCGGAAAACAGCAUCUUAAAUGGCGAUGUCCUGAGAUGGGAACAACAGGUGCGCUUGAGACACAUGACCACCAGGAAAUACCUGUGUAUUGACGGCACUACCGAGAUCUCGCUCACUGAUGACAACGAAGACCCGAGGACGGUGUUCCGACUCUACUCAGUGCUCAGCGAGAGGGAUGAGAUUAAUUUUGAGAGUUACUGCCGAAUCGAACACGUGCUUUCCGGGUUUUGGCUGCAUGCGCUGAAAGACGAAGACUACAUACGAAAAAAGUUUAGAGACAUGGACGCAAGUACCGACCAGAGUUUGAAAGGGCUGAUGUGGGACUCGGCUCAAGUUAGAAAGGUGGCGGCAAGUGGAGAGAGUCAGUAUGACGACGCUUUUACCAUUCAGAGAGUUGAGAAGUGUCAGGUGGAUGAGUUUAACUACGUCGCUGGGAUGGUCCCUUUUCUUCUGAACCUUGUCAAAGAUAGAGAGGCCAACAUAGUGCUGAAUGCCAAGAAAACUCACAUUGUAUUGACGGCAAUGACAGACCUCCGAAAAUUCAUGGUGAUAAAAGACGUCCCUUGUAAAAAUAGACAAAAGUUAAUGAGAAAUCUAAGAGUUAUAGAUUUACUAGUGAAAAUUCUUCAAUGUCCCUUGGAUGGAGCUGUUGAUGAAAUGAACCUGAUUCAAGUGUUCAAAGAAGCCUAUGAAAUACUGUACACUUACAUGAUUGGAAAGAGCAGAAAGAACGCCCUUUACUUUGCCAAGUACAUUGAAUUCUUUCAAACGCAGUUCACUCAAAAGGGUGGAAUCGGACUGAAUGUGGCUCAGAUGAUUGUGGAGUUGAUCCGAGACAAGAGGAAAAUUGUGGACAGAAUAACCCACGAUCAAAUCGACGAGUUUAUUGGUCUUCUUCAGAAAACACAGAACUAUCGUUUCCUGGAUUUGUUACACGUCCUCUGUGUUUGCGAUGACAUAGCUAUCCCAAACAACCAGUCCUAUAUCGUCAAACGGUGGAUGCAAGUAGAACAGGGCAAGGGGAUUUUUUUAACCGCGCGUGGUCAAGACAUAAACCGACAACCCAACAUUCUGUACAUCACCACAGACCACGGGCGGUCGUGGACAGCACUGCACGAGUUCGUCAAUUCGGAAUGUGAAUGUUACGACAAAGACAAGCAUGAUUUCUUGAUUCAUCAACUGAACCUGUACAAAGCGCUUUGCUACGGAAGGAACGACUAUUCUAUAAACAUGAUCACCAAAGAGUUGCGUUACUUAACCUGGGAAGAGGCUUUCUUGUCCCUUAGGUCCGAUAUUCUACCAGAGGCAAUUCGGGCGAAAUACUGCGAUCUCACAACCAGUCUGUUUGUGGACGUUGGAAACAACUACUCUGUGCUGGAUCAUCCCAAUAUUUGCUUUGUCUAUGAAUAUGUUGGAUCAAAGGACGAAGAAAAAAGCCAGGGAGAUUUUGUUGUCAAAGAACUGGUAGCCAUUUUCCCAGUAUUACGUGACUGGAUUGCCGAGUUUCUUUUGGACAACAAAUUCAUGAUCGCCAGUGAAGUUGGUCAUAAUAUGCUGAUUGAACAGGUGGUGCGACUGCUCUACCAUCUUGUCAAGUUUGGCUACUACCUGGAUAGUGAGGAUGUAGAGAACCUUCUUCCUCCUCUUCUACAGCUUCUAGACGGCCGAAAAGACUACCCCUACCCGAAGGACAAAGACAAGGGGUAUUCCAAGGAAGCGCAGAAGGAAGUCUAUAAAUACCAAGUCCUACAGCGAUAUGAACAGAAUCCGGAAACGGAAGCGAUCGUCAAUGCCAAGUUCCAAGUACUUGAAGUGUUGGAUCUUUUGCUGACCUAUCAGAGAAAUUCACGCCUACAGAGCUUUGUUAAUAAGUUCAAAGUCUCGGAAACCUGCUGCAAAGAGCACAAAACCGAGGUUCUGCUACCGAUGCUGUUUGACGAUUUUGAUCCUCAUAGUCAAUCUAAGAGAGCGAUGAAAACGCAAAGGAAAAUCAACAAGGAACUCCGAAACAUGUUUAAUGAGUCAGCGAUAUUUGAAUUGGAACUUCUUACCAAAAUCCUAAUUGAUUUGUCGAAUUACAAAUACAACAAGAUGAUAACGAAAUCGUUGAAUAUACUGAACAAACUGUACUCAUCGAAAACCAAUAUGUUCAAGUUAUCAAGUAAAGCACAGAUACUUUUGACCCAAGACUCGGCCCGCGUUCAUCGCGAGGUACUGAAGAGCAUGCCCAUCCUUCGCCGCUUGGCCCGGGCGAAACUGGACGAGCAACAGGUUAAACUAAUGGGGGACAUUCUGGAUGAUCUAGCUGAGUUUUGUCAUCUGCCUAUGACCCCUGAUGAACCGCAUCCAAUGAAUCAAAAUAUCCUCAUCAGCAAUGGGCUACUGAAUAUUUUGUUUGAUAUUUUGACACAAGACAUAGACUCAAAAUUACUGACCCAGUACGGUGGAAUGCAAGACAUCUUUAAGAAAACGCUGCAUCUUUUAAAGUUGCUCUCUCGAGAAAACGAAAGAGUUCAGCUUCAUUUGUUUGAGAGAAUCGAUAUUCUUCUGGAUGUGCGGAUAGUUGAAUCCGAUCUGGCGAUUUCACUCAAAGAGGUAUUCAUGGGAAACCCCAACACGUGCCUAAAAAUAAGUCCCAGGCAGAUUCAAAAGAUCGUAUUCAGAGCGGCGGAAAUGCAGGACCGUGCACCAGAGUUCCUUGACCUUUUGGGCAUGGUUGUCAAGGUCACCGGAACUGACUUAACACUGAAAAGAAACCAGGCUUACGUGAUGAAGUACAUCAUGCAAAACUACAAGAAAGUUGCUUACGUGUUGGAUCUUCCGCUAGAAGAGAAAGAACAGAUUUUGACAAACGCUCGCCGUCUCUCCUCUUUAAGAUAUUACUUGAGUCUAUUGGAGUUGCUCUCCCUUUGCGCAGAGGGUGAAAACAUGUUCAUCGAGUCUCUUUGUCAAACUAUUUUGCCGAUGGAUGAUCUUCUUUGGGUUUUAAAUAACCCCAAUGUAGACAAUGUAUAUAAGAAACCAUUCCUUGCUUGCUUACAUCAUGUGUACCUCAAGAACGGGUCAAGCGGAGUGGAAACAAGUGCCGGAGAAAUGCCGCACCACGAGGAUCUUUGGGAUUAUAUGUCAAAUCUGUCCAUUGAAAUGAAUCGUCUGACGGACAGUAUUAAAGAAGACCCGGAUAAGAUAGCGAUCCACCUUAAAACAGCUCCAGAACGAAGCGGUGCGGCCAGUGCCCCGGACUUUGAGUCGGCCGCCUACGGCUCGGUUCUCUACUUCUUGGAGGCGGUACUUCCGUUCCUGGAGGCCUUUUACCACGACUUCUACUUUCCGGACCAGGCCGCUCACGGGAAUGAAAUAGACGAGACUGACCACAUAGCGAAAGCCGUCACUAUGUUUUCCGAAACAGUGGGCCCGUUGCUAUACAAACCGAACCAUAUGAAAAACAUAGUGAACGCCAUGACUGUGAUUGUACCGAUAUCGAACAUGCCAAACUCAAAUGUUGAUCACGUGUUGGACCGAUUUUCUUCCGGAGUGACAGUAGAAGACACUUCCUGUGCAGUUAGAAGGGGAAAUAUUGAAUACUACGCCGAAGAAAUUGAAAUGAAUGGGAAAUUCAGAACGUUUGCCAAGAACGCAGCGAUUGUCUUUGCUGGUCACAACACGGUCACCGCACAGUUAAAAAUCAAAAGUGCAAGAGAAUAUACUGACCUGGGCGGAAAUGAGGAAAUCCCUCUCGGGGAAGAAUUCCAGAGCUUGGUGAAGCGCUUUGUAAACCACAAUGAAAAGAAACCGGAAAAACGUUACGAAGGCGCAUGCAUCUUAAUCGAACAAUUAAACAUAUCGAGUAUCAAGAAAAGAAUGACAGAAAAGGCAAUGCAAGAAAUGGACGAAUUAAAUAUCAAGUGUUUACAAGUGCUCCGAUCUAUCGUUCACAACGAAGAACGCAAAAUGCCGGAAGACUGGGCCACGAGAACUACAGAACCAGCCGUCAAAAAGAUACUGAAACACAUCGCUGGUAUACAGAAUCUUUACGACAAGAAGGGAGCGAUGAAGAAAUGUCUGCCUCACCUGGCUACCAGGUGCGAAGACGUUGCAAAAGAGGUGUUGGGUUUCCUUUGCAUCAUGCUCUUUAAUGCAAACACUUCAGUGCAGCAUUCUAUGUUGGAAUACUUUCUGUCAACAAGAGAGGAAGUUUUCUUUAUGGCUGUUCGGGAUAGAAUGGCUUUGUCAACUAAUUCCAUCAAAGAAAAGCGAUCCUUACAAGCUCAGAUGGACGCAAAGAAAAAAACAUCAUCUGAAGCAUUUAGCCACAAAACACGUAAAGAUUUUCCCGUUUCAGUUUUAGCCCUAAAGCAAAUUCAAGGAUAUGAAGAUGCAUUACGACAGCAGAGAUUAGCUGGAUGGUCAAGAAAGAAGCACACAAUGCAUUCCAAAUCAAAGAAGAAACGCAAGGUAUCAAAAGAACGAAAGGUCCAAAGGAAGCAAGGGAAGGUUAAGGACUCUGCAACAAACGGCCUGAAAAAGGAAGUGUCGUUUGCGCCUCCAGUUACAAAAGAGGACCAAGCUUUGAUGUUGGCACAAGAGCAUGAAACAGAGAUGGUCGCCAUUAGAGUUGAAGACCCGGAGCCAGACAUAGUGAUGCCGGAACCGGAAGUUAAAGAAGAGGAAGAGGAAUCCCUUGAAUACAGAAACGAUGGUUACAUAGAGCUCGUUCUUAAAGUGAUGGCGAGAAUGUGUGAUGGUCAAAAUCAUCAGCUACAGGACUACUUGAGAGAACAGCCGGACAAUGUUAAGUCGUUUAACAUCAUCGGUGAAGUGACCCGUUUCCUGAACGUUGUUUACUCCAACAUCAAUGGCAAGAAUAUCGAACUGGUUAUCCAGCUGUUCGAAACCAUGAAUGAAUUCACAGCGGGAAACCAAGAUAACCGAGUGGUGAUUUUUGACAACAAAAUCAUCGACUACAUCAACUUCAUUCUUCGUGCAGCCGAGUUCCAGUCUUGUCCAACGGAAAAGGUGCUUGGCCUUCGAGAGAGCAUAGCCAAUCUAAUUUUGUCAUUAAUCGAAGAGAAUGGACCAGGGAGAACAGACAUCUCUUUAGAAGUGAAGGACACAUUGGACAAGAAAGCCAUCAUUGGACUUAUGACCGAAUGCUAUGAGAUGCAUCAGCCCGAUAAGAAGAAAAUUGAAGAAUUAAAAAACAUCUCUCUCGGAAUUGAUGCCCUUCCGACUCAAAGUACAAUGAAAUCUUUCUCCCAAGCCCAGUCGUUCUUUAAAGGAAUGAGAAAACAAAAGGAUGAACUGGCCGAUGUGUAUAUGGAUGUAGGCUUCCGAUUCUAUCUGAUUCUUGCUCGCAUGUUUGAUAUUGAUAUCAAACUGGCAGAAUACAUUAAACUGGAUCUGCUGCAACAAAAGGCUAUAAAUUUUUACCGAAAGAACUGUCAAAGCAUCGAAAUUGUGAAGGACGACGAGCUACAAAAGGUCAAUUUCAGAGUGAAAAAUAAGCGAGUUAUGCGCGAAGAGGUGAAGGAAAUGUUGAAAUGGAACGUAGAUAGAUCGUCGCCUAGCAACAAGAUUAGAGAACUCAUGGAAUGGACGAAAGAUAUUAUGAAAGACAUAGCCUAUCAGAGACAUAUCCUCAGUAACCCUAUAGCGAUCUGUCUCACCAAAGGAUGGCUUAUCUGGAACCACAUCGUUACCAUUCUGAGCUUUGCAAUCAACAUAUUAAUGCUGGUCACCUGGCAAGCUAAAGCGUCCCUGGCAAGUUCGAGUGUGAAGGAACUGAUGCACAAUACAACAGCAAUCCCAGACAUCGUUAGGGAUCCGAUUCCUGUGAUUUCAACAUUGACUGACGCCGAGUAUCAGCUGGCACUAUUUUCUCUCGGCGGAAUGCAUAACUUUUUCACCACCCUGGUUGUGGUCAGCUACUUUCUAGGAAACCAUCCGCGCCUUCCGCAUUUUAGAAGUAUUUUCAAGUCCAUAAAAAAAACCUGUUCCCGUGAUAAAAAAGACGAAGAUGAAGACGAUAAGAAGAAUAAACACGAGUCUAAACUAGACGCAAAAUUUUUCAGUUUUACAACGUUUUAUUACUUGGGGUUUCUUGCUUUAUCUAUCGCGGGCACCAUGUAUCAUGGAUACUUUUUUGCAUUCCAUCUCCUGAACAUCGUAAACAACAACCAAUUAUUGUCCGGUGUAAUCAAAGCUGUCACACAAAACGGUCGUUCGUUGAUUUGGGUGGCUAUUCUGGGUCUCGUGGUGUUUUAUCUGUACGGUAUCAUCAGCUUUGCUAUGAUGAGGAGUAUGUUUGACCCAGACGACUACCUGUAUUGUGCCUCGCUUUGGGAGUGUACUAUAACCGUCAUCCGUUAUGGGUUGAUCGGAGAUAUGUUCGAGAACGUCAAUGCACACAGAUCGGAGGCUUCGUUUUACAAGUUCGGACUGGUCGUAAUCUACCACAUAUCAUUCUUCAUCUUCGUUUCCACAAUUGGUCUCAAUAUCAUAUUUGGUAUCAUUGUGGACACCUUCUCAGAACUCCGAGAUCUCAAGUGGACAGCGGAGGCAGACAUGCGGGAUACGUGCUUUAUCUGCAGCAGAAACAGUUACGACUUUGAGCACCAUGGAAAGGGAUUUGAUCACCAUGUUCGAUUUGAACACAACAUGUGGUCGUAUAUUUUCUUUUUUAUUCACCUUCACGGAACCAAGGUCAACGAUUACACAGCGUUAGAAAUGUUUGUCCAUAAAUUGCUACUGAAGGAGAACUACGACUUCUUUCCUCUGGACCGCGCCCUGUCCCUCGCUGGGAUGGGCAAAGACUCCACGGAGACCAAGAUAGACGACCUUCUGUAUCAUGUCACAUCAAUUGUCGACAAACAGCGAAAAGAGGAACUGGAGAAGAAACGAAACGAAGAAAGGGUCCGUCAAAAAGCAUGGGAGCAGAGGCAUCGGCUUGGUUCUUUCCGCCGCCGGGCCAAACUUCCCGUUCCCGCCGACGAAGAGGCAGAACCGUCUGUUCCAACGACGCAGAGUGAAGAGCAGACGACAACGACCGGUCCCGCGCCGACUCCCAGCCCAGCACAACAACCCCCUAGUUCCAUCCCUCCUGGACAGUAUCUACGACCUGUGUACCCAACUACCGGGCAACUCAGUGGACGAGCGACGCCCGGGCGAAGGUUGAGCGAUGUCGGGUUGGCAACGAGCAUGCUUGGAAGGUCUGAUCUCCUACAACCAUCUGUAACAUCCGGUUUCUUGUCCCGUCAAGAUAGACGCACAUCCAUCACUAGUCGAAGCGGAAGCCCAGUCCGAUUCGACCAGUUCCGGAGAAGAAGCCCUUCACGCUAUGAGGACGACGACGAUCACGUGGGCAGUCCGUCACGAUGGGAUGAUCGAGCACGAAGUCCAUCUAGAUCCCGGUUAGGAAGCGAUGCCGAGAUGCGUGGCUUUACUCCUAGUCCUCUGUCCCGCCGGGACACGAUGAUAGCCCCGUCUGCAAUGAGCCCCAGAUGGGGUGAUAGUCUGUCCACCAGUCCCAGGGCGUCGAUGGCAUUUUUCCCCGAUUCCGAUCCCAUUCUGCCGCCGCCAUCUUAUAUGAGCAGACGAAGUAGCAUGGACAGGCGCGGUAGCGACUUCCGGCCUGAAUCCAUAGAAGGACCCGCGUAUCCUAUGCAGGAGUAUGAGCCUCAGGAUGACGUUGAUAGCUCACACAGUGGUGACUACGGUCGGAGAGAUUCUAGAUUCUGAUUUUCAUCAUAAGCUGUUAAAAUGAGUUUAUAAUCGCACAUCAUCUGCUUACGAUUACAGAAACCGAAAAAGAUAUAAACUAAAAAUCAGGAAACACCAAAAAUAACUUUAAUGUAAUAUUCUUUUAAUAACUCCUUAAUUGAUUUGAUUUUUUAUACCCAGUUCCUUGAUUGUUAAAAGGGUAUUCGUGUUUAUCAACCAACAAACCAUUUCUUAUUCUUCACAAUGACUUAAAAUAGAGUAAAAUUCGAUGUAGUUAAUAUGGUGGCAUGGAUCUGCCACCACUUGUCAGAUAAUUAUGCUGACUUGUCAAAUGAUUAUGUCGACUUGUCUGAUAUUUAUGUCAACUUGUCAGAUCUUUAUGUUGAGUUGUCAGAAAAUUAUCAUAUUGACUAGAAACUCAAUAUUUUGUUGUCAAAGCGUGUAAGUGCCACUAAUUGUCAUUAACUUGUCAUCAUAAUAUCUGAUAAGUCGACAUAAUCAUCUGACAAGUCGACAUAAUUAUCUGACAAGUCAACAUAAUGAUCUUACAAGUUAACAUAAUUAUUUGACAGAAAAAAUAAAAUGAAGAAAAUUAUCAUUCAUAUUAUAAGUCGACUUGUCAGAUAAUGAUGUUGACUUGUCAGAUCCUUAUGUCUACUUGUCCGAAAAUAUUAUGUCAACUUGAUGGCACAAAUUUGGCGUGGAAACGUUUUAGUGUUGAAUUUUUUCAACAUGUGAAUAAGUGACAAGUCGACAUAGAGAUCCUACAAGUCAAUAUAAUUAUCUGACAAGUCGACAUCAAGAUCUGACAAGUCGACAUAAUGAUCUGACAAGUGGUGGCAGAUCUAUGCCACCAUAAGUUAAAACACUCCCUACAAUAUAUUUAGACUAUCAUUCUAUCAUAUACCGGUACCUCCCUCUCUCUUCCCCUUUCUCUCCUCUCUCUCUCUCUCUCUCUCUCUCUCAUUUACAGAAUAAAAGGAAUACUUUUCAAUAUGAUUUAAUUUAGCAAUAUGAAUGUUUGUGUAAGUAAUGUGCGUAUUAUGUUGUGAAAGCACUGGUACAAGCAGGUACAUAUGUAAUGCAAGCAAAUUCACUUCAUCUUAAAUGCCUAAAGGUCUCUACUAUAAUUUUGCACAAUAUUUGUCGAUGUUUAUUAUAGAUGUAUUUUUUGCCAUAUUGGAUCAUUAAACAAAAGGUAA